AUGACCGAUAAUAAUUGUAUUCCUUCUUUUCUUGCAUCAACUUCUACUUCACUUACAUUUGCACCUUCAUUGUCAAAUUUAACUUUAGAUUCUUUUUACAAAGUUCAAUCAAUUAAUUUGCCAAAACAAAAAAAGGCAUUUAAUUCACGAGGAGGAUGCAAAAGAAAAAGUGCUGUAUGGAAGUAUUUUAAUCUAAAGGUCAAAAAGUAG